AACUCAAAAUCAGAUGGUUUGAGAUCCACGUGCUUGUCAAACGUUGUUUUUCUGUUUGUGUUUUUUUUUUUGUUUGAAAAAUUUGUUACUUUUGUUCAGGAAUUGUUAACGAAAAUGGCCCGACAAUUAAAAUCAGAUUUGAUUCGGUUACAACAAGUUUUUACGAACACUCACGAUCGAUUUCGAAUUUUAAACUCGUCGGUAGAUGAAGUUACUUGCAGAUUUUUCCAGCAAAAUAAAACUUUUUACGAUGUUCAGGCCAACAUACCGAGUUCUUACCCAUCGGAACCACCACUUUGGUUUGUCAUCAGUGACCACGAGGCGAUAGUAGAUUUAUUGGAGGAACCAUUGGAGGCAUUAAAUAAAUGUACUGAAGAACGCGACAAUAGAAUUAUUAAUCAGGUGACAGCGAUAGUCGAGCUUUUGUGUCGCAUACAUGAAGAACCUUGUCCCGAAGAAUUAAAUGAACUAAAAAUUUUAAGUUCGGUUUUGGAACGUGACGAAGAUACCGGCAACGAAAGCGAUGAGCUAAAUAAUGUAAAUGCAGAUGGAGACGAGGAAGAGUUUGAAAGCGAAUGCGAGGACGAAGAAUGCUCCGACAACGACGAGUCCUAUGACAACGACGAAAUGUUUGAAAUAAACGCAAGUGGAAGCAAUACUACCACGGGUAACCCUACAGAAUGUGAAAUGGACGCUGAAAAUGCUCAGAUACUUAGGAAGCAGAAAAAUUUGCAAUACGGAAAGCAAUCUUCCGCCAACAGCAGUAAGGUGUUGCUGAAGGAGCUCGAUACGAUCUACCGUUCGGAAACAUACAAAAACAAAACGUAUUCGGUAGAAUUAGUGGAAGAUGCAUUGGACGUUUGGGACGUUAAGUUGAUGCUAGUCUGUCCGGAUAGUUUGCUACAGUUAGAUCUACAUCGAUUGAGAGAACAAGGACUCAAUCACAGCAUCCAUAUGAGAAUUACGUUUGAGGAAACGUUUCCAUAUUCCGCUCCAUUCAUCCAAGUCACCUAUCCGGCCAUAAAGGGUGGUCAUGUGCUGGAUGAAGGUGCGUUGUGCAUGGAAUUAUUGACCAAACAAGGGUGGAGUUCAGCAUACUCUAUGGAAAAUGUGUUAAUGCAAGUUUCAUCGACGCUAAUUACUGGAAAUGCUCGUGUUGACUUCGACAAAACAAAGAUAAUUUUGCGAACUCCAUAUAGUCAGGAACGGGCUAGGGAAAUGUUUGAAUAUCAUGCAAACUUGCACAAGAACAAUGGUUGGAAAUUACCAGAUAUCGGAAGCAGCUAGAUUAAAUUUACUGCAUGCAAUCGAAAUGAAGUUGUUGUAGAACUGAAUAGACAAAAAUCAACACUUAUGCUCGUAGAAUUAAUUAAGCUUGUGUCACUUGACUUUAUUGUUUAUGAUUAAUUACAGA